AUGGCAAGCCAAGGAAUCUUGCUAGAGGUCAAGCCGAGAGGCAAGCCCAUAUCCAAACUUCCAGAAAAAAUCUCAAUUGGCCCUGAGGAUAGCCUUGCCGCGCUUUAUUCCACGAUUUCUAGGCGAGCUGGUUUCCCGGUUACCCGGCUUAGGAUCACCAAGGGCAGCGAUGUCUUCAUUAUCGAAUACUUAGGACCCCUCAUCAUUCACCCACUGGUUCUCUAUGGCCUACGACCUUACAUAUACCGAAGUCCUAAGCCACUGCCUCCUAUAUCUGACCUGCAGGCCUUGACCUGCACCUUGCUGACACUCCACUUCAUCAAGCGCGAGCUGGAAACCCUGUUCGUCCACCGAUUUAGUGUCUCGACGAUGCCUUUUACCUAUGUUUUCCGGAAUAGUGCCCAUUACUGGCUCCUUGGCGGUGUAAACCUCGCAUACUGGGUAUUCUCGCCUUCAUCGCCAACAGCCACCGACCACCCUAACCCAGCGUUGAUAUAUUCAGGCCUGGUACUCUUCCUCAUAGGUCAGCUGUCCAAUCUCUCGACCCAUCUCACCUUGAGAAGCCUCAGGAAACCAGGUAGCACAGAGCGCGUGAUACCCACUGGCUUCGGUUUCGAUUGGGUGACGUGUCCAAACUACCUCUUCGAAGUGAUGGCCUGGGUCGGGGUGUACCUUGUUAGCGGGCUAAACUGGAGUGUCCUACUCUUCCUAGUGGUGGGUGCCGGCACCAUGAUGAAGUGGGCUAGCCAAAAGGAGAAGCGAUACCGCCGUGAAUUCGGGGACAAGUACAAGAAAAAGCGCUUUGUUAUGCUGCCUGGUAUCUGGUAA